CAUUUUCUUGCGAAAAAUAAAUAAAAAUAAAAAUAAAAAUUCGAGAAUCCAACAGCAAAUUGCGUUCAACUUCAACUCUCUGCUCUGCAUUCCGCAGCAAAACUGCAAAAGCCUCCACUGCAGGCAGGGACCUUCCAUCUCUUUGGUUCUCAAUAGCAUAUGGCGUGAACAUCUCUGGUUUCCCCAAUGGCCCCUGAUACUGUUCCUGGUGUUGAAUCACCUCGGCGACGUUAUGGUCUAUUACGAGAUCAAGUUCAACCAGUGAAAAGAAAGGACUCUGAUCGCUAUGAAAUUGUUCCAAUUCAAGAUUCUCUGUCUUUUGAGAAAGGAUUUUUCAUAGUUAUUCGUGCUUGCCAGUUGCUGGCUCAAAAGAAUGAUGGAAUUAUAUUAGUAGGAGUUGCAGGCCCCUCUGGAGCAGGGAAAACUGUUUUCACUGAGAAGAUUCUCAAUUUUAUGCCAAGCAUAGCUGUCAUAACAAUGGACAAUUAUAACGAUGCUAGUCGAAUCAUAGAUGGCAACUUCGAUGACCCCCGGUUGACGGAUUAUGAUACCUUGCUAGAAAAUAUACAGGGUCUUAAAGCAGGGAAGUCUGUCCAGGUUCCAAUAUAUGAUUUCAAGUCUAGUUCUCGCAUAGGUUACAGGACUGUUGAAGUCCCUAGCUCCCGUAUUGUAAUUGUUGAAGGCAUAUAUGCCUUAGGUGAAAAAUUAAGGCCUUUGCUUGAUCUUCGUGUUUCUGUCACUGGUGGAGUUCAUUUUGACCUCGUCAAGCGCGUUUUGCGGGACAUUCAACGUGCUGGUCAAGAGCCUGAAGAAAUAAUUCAUCAAAUCUCUGAAACGGUAUAUCCCAUGUAUAAAGCUUUUAUAGAGCCAGAUCUCCAAACAGCACAUAUAAAAAUUAUUAACAAGUUUAAUCCAUUCUCUGGUUUCCAGAAUCCCAGCUACAUAUUGAAGUCAGCUAGGGCUGUUACAGUAGAUCAAAUCAAGGCAGUUAUUGCCGCAGAGCAUACUGAGACAAAAGAGGAAACAUACGACAUAUAUCUUCUACCCCCUGGGGAAGACCCUGAAGCAUGUCAAUCAUAUUUAAGGAUGAGAAACCGUGAUGGCAAGUACAAUCUAAUGUUUGAGGAAUGGGUUACAGAUAGUCCAUUCAUAAUAUCCCCUAGAAUUACUUUUGAGGUCAGCGUGCGCCUGCUUGGAGGGUUGAUGGCCUUGGGGUACACAAUUGCAGCUAUCCUGAAAAGAAGCAGCCAUGUCUUUCAUGAUGAUAAAGUGUCCAUAAAAACUGAUUGGCUAGAACAACUUAAUCGUUUAUAUGUUCAGGUGCAAGGGAAGGAUAGAAACUAUGUUAAAUUUGUGGCAGAGAAACUGGGGUUGGAUGGUUCAUAUGUUCCACGCACGUACAUUGAACAAAUUCAGCUGGAAAAGCUUGUAAAUGAUGUGAUGGCACUGCCAGCUGAUCUAAAGACAAAGUUCAACAUAGAUGAUGAGAUGGUUUCAAGCCCCAAAGAAGCCCUUUCCAGAGCUUCUGCAGAUAGGAGAACGAAGUACCUUAAUCGUGGUAUUUCACAAUCAUUUUCAAAUCGAAGGGACAAGAUUCUGCCUAAUUUGACUAAACUUGCUAUAAAUAACACACGAUUUGAUGGGAGAGCUCUAGACUCACCUGCACCGAUUGCUAACCAAGGAGUUAUCACUCAGCUUUCUGAUCAAAUUUCUACAUUGAAUGAAAGAAUGGAUGAGUUCACCUCCCGUAUUGAAGAGCUGAAUUCAAAGUUUGCUAUCAGCAAAGUCUCAGCCAGUCAACAAAACUUGGCUUUACAGGCUGAGGUCUGCAAUGGCUCUGGCCCCACUUCUCUCUUUGUAUCUGGAUUAGGAAAUGGUUCAUUGGCUGGACCAUUGCUACCUAAUUCUUCAUCAUGCUCUCAACUGGCUAGAGAGUCUCCCCUGAUGGAAGAGGUAUUACUUGUUGCUCGAGGGCAACGUCAACUCAUACAUCAACUAGACACUCUGAGCAAUCUUUUGCAUGAAUACUUUGGAGAAAGGUCACGGCAGGACAGAACAGAGCAGAGACGAAUGGGUGAAAUUGAAUCCAUUGCCAUCCCUGUGGUUUUGACUCUGGCCAUUGGUGCUGUUGGUGUGUUCUUGUUUAAGGGUUUGUCAUCUUAAAAAUAAUGUAUAUAUGCUUACGUGUAUCUAUCUUCUUCUCAUCACCCUUAGUGAGGGGAGCUUCAUCAGUAUAUCUCAUGGGUUUCUGUAAACAACUACCAUAUGUCCAUAUCUGCAAGGCUCUGCUUCUCUGAAGAUGUAAUGUAGAAAAUUAUCAAUGAGUAUGUAACUAUGUAUCUUUUACUCAACAGUCAACACAAAAGCUUCUGUAUUUCUUUGUUCUCGCUAAAUAAUUCAUCUUCUUGGUGGAAUAUUAAUCUUCUGUAUAUAUUUGUUCUUUAUUCUCA